GAAAAACCGCAACUUUAUUUUUUUUGUGGUAAAACAUACACAACAUAAAAGUUUCCAUUUUACCCAUUCCAAAGUGUAUAAUUCACUGGCAUUAAGUAUACUCACAAUGUUGGACAACCAUUAUCCAUUUCCUAGGAAAAUACAUUUUUUAAGAUCUCAUUUUUAUUAGUAAACAUAGAUAAACAACUGCUGGUUUUCAAGUACUCUUAUGAUAACCAUAUAUAAGCCAAAGAGCAUAGUCUAACAAGUGCCAAUGAACUUACGGAAAAAUUAAGACAAAAUAUUUAAAUUUCUUGAGUCAUGCAACCUAUAUGCCAAAAGUGGGGGGAACCCCUCAAAACUAAAUACCACAGAAAUAGUACACCAGGAUGUCAAUUAAAGUCCUCUACCUUGGGAAAAGCAGCUUGUGACGCUGGUAAGCAGUAAGGUAAUGUAGCUUUGGCGCGUUCUCCCUAUACUAACACGGAGGUUCUUAACCCGCGCUUGGAGGAGCCUGUAAAAUGUGGCGACAUGCCGUUUGGAGGAUAUACGCAACUGGGGGUGGAGUAGGGAGCAUGGCAUUGCUUUUAUGCGAUUCUCAAUUUUUAAAAACUGUCACACUAGUAGGAUGAGGCAGUGAAUGCCCAGGCGAAGGCCAGGCCAGCCAAAGACAGGGAAGCCGCCGGGCUCCGAGCUCCCGGUGUGCGGCGUCGGGGCCCAGGCGCUUGGGGAUUGGAAUUCCGGACCCGGCAGGAGGGGGCGGGGCCGGGGGAGACAAGGCGCCGCCUCCGCCCCUUCGGGACCCGGAGGGUGCCCUUGUUUACCUCCCAGUAUUUGUCACCCGAGACAAAGAGGGAAGGAAGGAGGGGCCUUCUGAGGGAAACUCCCUCGGCGGGAAGCACCUACUUUCAGAACGUUUUGUAACACCCCACGGGACGCGGGAACGGCUCCCUCCCGGCCCCCCGCGCCCUUUCCGAGGUUCCCUGCCUUGACUUCCCCGAGUUCUACGCCAACCUCAGCAACAGCGGGAGGAGCUGGGCAAUCGGUUUUGCAGUGCAAACUCCAGGCUCUCCCCAUUUAUUCUCUGGGCGGCUCAGGGGAGACUCUGCAGGGUCACAGAGCAGAGCGACUACAGCUCCCAGGAGCCAACACUGCAGGGCUGAGCCGAGGCGGGACACAGACAGGACCUAAAUGGUGGUCGGAGGAAGGGCAAAGCGGACCUCUGCUGUUACCUUAGCGCCAGCAAACCGAGCCGCCGCCUUCGCCAAGCCAGGAGACCAACCCCCUGUCUCCCGACUAGGUAUUUUUAAAUCUGGCGGGGCUUUCCCUCCCGAGCCAACCACUCCCACCGUUUACAGUCCCAGCCAGUCAGCGUGAGGCCCGCCAUUUUUCAAACCCUCUUCCCGCCGCCAAUCAGGAUCGAGCAGUACAUUCCUCUCCUGACCGGUUCUAACGGGUCUGGGAGUUAACGACCUGGGCGACCCACCGAACCUGCUAGGCUGGGGCGUGGAGGGCGGGUCUGGUAAGACACUGACCAAUCGUUAGCCGCCGUGGCAAGGGGGCGGGGACUAUCUGGGUUUGAAUAAUCGUCAGAACCAAUCAGAGAAGUGGGGAUGUGGCCUGUGGCCUAGCUCGUCAAGUUGCCGUGGCGCGGAGAACUCUGCAAAACAAGAGGCUGAGGAUUGCGUUAGAGAUAAACCAGUUCACGCCGGAGCCCGGUGAGGGAAGCGUCUCUGUUGGGGCCGGCCGUUCUGCAGGACUCUGAGGAAAAGCUCGCACCAGGUGGACGCCGAUCUGUCACCAUGGGUAAAGGAGACCCCAACAAGCCGCGGGGCAAAAUGUCCUCGUACGCCUUCUUCGUGCAGACCUGCCGGGAAGAGCACAAGAAGAAACACCCGGACUCUUCCGUCAAUUUCGCGGAAUUCUCCAAGAAGUGUUCGGAGAGAUGGAAGACCAUGUCUGCAAAGGAGAAGUCGAAGUUUGAAGAUAUGGCAAAAAGUGACAAAGCUCGCUAUGAUAGGGAGAUGAAAAAUUACGUUCCUCCCAAAGGUGAUAAGAAAGGGAAGAAAAAGGAUCCCAAUGCUCCUAAAAGGCCGCCAUCUGCCUUUUUCCUGUUUUGCUCUGAACAUCGCCCAAAGAUCAAAAGUGAACACCCGGGCCUAUCCAUUGGGGAUACUGCAAAGAAAUUGGGUGAAAUGUGGUCCGAGCAGUCAGCCAAAGAUAAACAACCAUAUGAACAGAAAGCAGCUAAGCUAAAGGAGAAAUAUGAAAAGGAUAUUGCUGCAUAUCGUGCCAAGGGCAAAAGUGAAGCAGGAAAGAAGGGCCCUGGCAGGCCAACAGGCUCAAAGAAGAAGAAUGAACCAGAAGAUGAGGAGGAGGAGGAGGAGGAGGAAGAUGAAGAUGAGGAGGAAGAGGAUGAAGAUGAAGAAUAAAUGGCUAUCCUUUAAUGAUGCGUGUGGAAUGUGUGUGUGUGCUCAGGCAAUUGUUUUGCUAAGAAUGUGAAUUCAAGUGCAGCUCAAUAUUAGCUUCAGUAUAAAAACUGUACAGAUUUUUGUAUAGCUGAUAAGAUUCUCUGUAGAGAAAAUACUUUUAAAAAAUUGCAGGUUGUAGCUUUUUGACGGGCUACUACAUAGUUAGAUUUUACAGCUUCUGAUGUUGAAUGUUCCUAAAUAUUUAAUGGUUUUUUUAAUUUCUUGUGUAUGGUAGCACAGCAAACUUGUAGGAAUUAGUAUCAAUAGUAAAUUUUGGGUUUUUUAGGAUGUUGCAUUUUGUUUUUUUAAAAAAAAUUUUGUAAUAAAAUUAUGUAUAUUAUUUC